AAGUACUGGAGACCUUUCGCCCGCACAACUGCUAAAGCUCCAGAGACAGGAGCGUGUGCGGCGGCAGCAGCGACAGCAGGAGCCGCCACCUCUGGGGCCACCGCGGCUGAGGCGCGGGUGGGGUCGAGGGGCGGGAGUGGCCGGCGCAGGCGGCAGGGGUCUGGGAAGGUCUAAGUCGCUCGCCGCUGCCGGGAGCGUCUUCGCGGCUCCUGGAAGUGUUGCCGCCUCGCAGUUCCUCCAUCGCCGCGCUCCUAGAAGGGGCGGCCGCCUCCAGGUGACACAGACGGGACUCCCGCUUGCGCUUUCCAGAUGCAUCAGAGAUACUUUUGGACUGACCAGGGCCAAGUGGCAUUCGGCGGGCAUUUCAUGGCGGAAGGCGAAGGGUACUUCGCCAUGGCCGAGGACGAGCUGGCUGGCGGUCCCUACAUCCCCCUUGGCGGCGACUUCAGCGGCGGCGACUUCAGCGGCGGCGACUUCGGCGGCGGUGGCGGCGGCUUCGGCGGCGGGCACUGCUUGGACUAUUGCGAAAGCCCCACGGCGCACUGCAACGUGCUGAACUGGGAGCAAGUGCAGCGGCUGGACGGCAUCCUGAGCGAGACCAUCCCGAUCCACGGGCGCGGCAACUUCCCCACGCUCGAGUUGCAGCCCAGCCUGAUCGUGAAGGUGGUGCGGCGGCGUCUGACCGAGAAGCGCAUUGGCGUCCGCGACGUGCGCCUCAACGGCUCAGCCGCCAGCCACGUCCUGCACCAGGACAGCGGCUUGGGCUACAAGGACCUGGACCUAAUCUUCUGCGCCGACCUGCGUGGGGAAGAGGAGUUUCAGACUGUGAAGGACGUCGUGCUGGACUGCCUGUUGGACUUCUUACCCGAAGGGGUGAACAAGGAGAAGAUCACACCACUCACGCUCAAGGAAGCUUAUGUGCAGAAAAUGGUUAAAGUGUGCAAUGACUCUGACCGAUGGAGUCUUAUAUCUCUGUCAAACAACAGUGGCAAAAAUGUGGAACUGAAAUUUGUGGAUUCCCUCCGGAGGCAGUUUGAAUUUAGUGUAGAUUCCUUUCAAAUCAAAUUAGACUCUCUUCUCCUCUUUUAUGAAUGUUCAGAGAACCCGAUGACUGAAACCUUUCACCCCACGAUCAUCGGGGAGAGCGUCUACGGGGAUUUCCACGAAGCCUUCGAUCACCUUUGUAAUAAGAUCAUUGCCACCAGGAACCCAGAGGAAAUCAGAGGGGGAGGCCUGCUUAAGUACUGCAACCUCUUAGUCAGGGGCUUUAGGCCCGCCUCUGAUGAGAUCAAGACGCUUCAGAGGUAUAUGUGUUCUAGGUUUUUCAUCGACUUCUCAGAUAUCGGAGAGCAGCAGAGAAAACUGGAGUCCUAUUUGCAGAACCACUUCGUGGGCCUGGAAGACCGCAAGUAUGACUAUCUCAUGACCCUUCAUGGAGUGGUGAAUGAGAGUACAGUGUGCCUGAUGGGACAUGAAAGAAGACAGACUUUAAACCUGAUCACAAUGCUGGCUAUCCGGGUGCUAGCUGACCAAAAUGUCAUCCCUAACGUGGCUAAUGUCACUUGCUAUUAUCAGCCGGCCCCCUACGUAGCAGAUGCCAACUUUAGCAAUUACUACAUUGCACAGGUCCAGCCAGUAUUUACAUGCCAGCAACAGACAUACUCCACUUGGCUACCCUGCAAUUAAGAAUCAUUUAAAAAUGUCCUGUGGGGAAGCCAAUUCAGACAAGAUGGGGGAAAAAAAAAAAAGAAAGAAAGAAAAGAUAUGCAAAAGCCUGAGUGGGAUAUGGCUUGUGCAAUGAUGAUCUGCUCCUGGUUUUAAACUUGGCAAAGCUCGUGGAUCUUUUCAGAGAUACGGGAGCCUGAUCUCAAAAUGCACCACCCCCAACCCCAGCCCUUCCACCUGAUUCUCCUGUCCAAUUGGAUUCUAUCUUGAAACAAAAGAGACCUGUCAAUAAAAGCAACCAGGUUCUCCUAAAAUGACAAGGGGGGGAAAAAAGCUUGAUGACAAUAUGGGUUUGCAGUACUUGCUCCCAUAGCUUUGCCAUUGGAAAAAAAGACAAGUGGAGAGUUUCUUAUAAGAUGAAAUUUACAAAAGGGAAAAUACAGAGGGAAAAAGGUCUCACUCCAACUUGAUCAAUUCUGGAGUUCAGAUAGUAGAGAAGAAGGGGAGUCCAACACUGGGGUUACUAUCUGAGGCUUGUAGUGAGUGCUUUCUGUGGAACUCUCCUGUUCCACUAAUAGAAAUGGCUUGCCCCGAAUGAACAGUAGUAGGUUGGUGCAGUUCUCAUAACAAAUAGCAGAACUUAGAUGACACAAUCCAUUAUUUCCAGCUGCGUGCAUAGCUCGCAUUUUUUGAAUGUGAAAAUGCAAGCAAAAACAGCUGUAGCAAAGGAAGUAUGCUCAAGGACCAAAGAUUUAACAGAUAAAAAUACCCAAGUAGAAGAGAGAGUAGAAUAUCUAGAGUUACUAUAUUUGUUACACACCAAUGUACAUCCAAGUGCCUGUUGCCUUCUGAAAAUUUGAAGUGGAAAAAUUUUAUGGUUUAAUGACUAUUUUAUUUUAUCAGGGACUCAAGAAGAAAAUAAAACAACACAUAAGCUUGUGAAUGAUGGAGGAGAUGCCCUAUAUUUUUCUUGGCAAAUACUUGUACGACGUUAACAUUGUUGGUGUGAUAUUAUUAUAGGUACCUGUGUAUGUGUGUGUAUAUUAUGUGUGUAUAUGUACACGUAUUUGUGAUACGUGUGUAUAUACAUAAUACCUUGACUAUGGUCUAGAAUAAUGUAGCAAAUAGGGAACGUUUCAAUACUGUGUGCUUUUAUGUUUUCAGCAGGAUGACAUGAGACGUGGGCAUGUUACAGUGAUGAAUUAAAACCCACAUCUAAAAAAAUUAAAGUGAGUGAAAGAAGAAAACAAUUAAUAUAUUUGAUAGGAAGAGCAGAGAUUAUGCAUUUUUAGUGAUUUUUUUCCUUUUUUUGUGAGCCAUAGAAUGCCAUAGAUGGGAGAAUACUUGUUUGGCGGAGCACUCUUUUUUUUAUACUGAACUGCCAUUUUGACAGUUUGAACCCUUUUAGUUUUUGUAAUACUUGGAUACCUCCAUGGUGUAUAAUCCAGCGGCUCAUGGAUCAGUGAUAGUCUCUUUAAACCCCUGACUCCUAAAAAGAAUUCCUAGUGAUAUGAACACUACUUAUUAAUAUUUAAAUGAAUUUUUAAAUGAAUGCAUUCUGCAUUCCAGGACCACUAGAAUUUAGUAAAUGUGAAAUGACCCUUUUUAAAGAGUAUUUGCACAAUUGCUUAAAAUUUAUAUAUAAAAUAUAUAUUAUAUGUAAAAUUUUAUAAAUUCACACCAAUAUGAAACAUCUUUGAUCUGGUUGUCACAGUGCAUUUAAAUAUUGAGUACUGUACUUUCAAUUCAGUCACUUGCAUUGGAUCAGAUCCAACUUUAUUUUCUGUUUCCCAGGAGACCAGCUGCACCUUUGUGAAAUGAACGGACAUUACUGUUUCAGUUCGGUGACAGCUAAUCCUAAACCCCAGCCCUUCUGGCCCCUAAUUCCUCUGGACACUGGUCUCUGAAAAUACAUUUGUUAUAAACAAAACUAACCCAUGGUAACCUUCCCUUUGUAUUGUGAAAUAAUCACAUAAUCCUUACCAACUCUAGUGGGUGACUGCUUACUAUAAUAAUUCCCCUGAAGAGUCAGCCAGACUCUUGUCAUCAGUUAAAGAGGGAUUGGGACAGAAAAGAGCGCCCUCCUAUUAGCAGUGUAAUUUGUUUGUUAUCUGGGCAUCCCACAGGUGCUCAGUGCUAGUUUAAUCCAUGUGAACUACCUUUCUCGCACAUCUUUCUUGGAAGCCUUAACAGGAACUUGAUGGAUUUGCUGGAGCAGCGUCCCUGUGAAUUCUGUCAGAGCUGUAACAGCUCCUGCACUGCCACUCACUGUUUCCUGGGGAAGUCUCCCAUGUUGGCUCAGACUCCUCACCCCAGCCCUGGGUUUGAAAAAUUAAUCGCGAAUGCCCAGGCAAUAUUCCCUUUGUAGAUCAAGCCUGAUACUUAACUGUCAGAAACCGGGGCUCUGCCUACUUAACAUGUUUGGAAGUUUUCUAAAAGCAAGCUGAGGGAACACCGCUUGAGAACAGAGGAGGAGUGGAUGGGGAUCUGCCUUCUUCCUUCUCAUCCUCACUCUUGACCAGUGAGGCGUCCACUAUUUUAGAAAGAAUCCAGAGAUCUUGGGCUCUGCCAUAGCAACAACCUGCUGUUAUGACACAGAUUUUUGUUUGGAGGGGCCUUAUCUGAAAAUAGACUUUGUCACUUGUUUUCUCAGAUAUUUAUGUUCUUUUCUUUCUUACUCCGGGUUGGUAGCACAGUUGGAAGUGCCAGCACCUGGCAUUCAGAUAGAACAGGCUUUAUGCAAGACAACCUUCAGUAUAUACUUUCAGAUUUAUAUAAUUUAUUUCCCUUUUAUAUGUACUAUAGUCUUGUGCAUAUGUAGUUGAAAAGACAGUGGUAUAUUUGUCUCUCUUUGUGGAUGUGUGGCCUAAACAUUUGAAUGUCUGGUGAGAGAGAGCCAUGUGUCAUAGGUCAGAGGAAAGAACAGCUCUCAACUCCUGUUUCAUGCCUGUGAUUUGCUUACCUUUGAGUUUAUCUGGCCGAGUGCGCUGUUACUUUAAAGCAGGAAGACAUUUCAUCUUCCAGGAGGCUCUUCUCACCUCUUCAAUCUGGCAUGUCAGAGAACGCUUUGCUUCACCAGUGACCAUGCCCUUUUAACAAGUUUACUUCAUUUGCAGUAAAAUCUAGUUGCCUCAAGAUGUCCUUCAUCAAGACAGACAUAGCCCUCCCAAAAAUGGGAUCAGGUCCCUGCUCACCUUGGUAUUGGGUGGAGUGUUUUCACUUGACUCCCACAAAUGCAAGGAUGGAAGAAUGUCUGUAAGCCAAGCCACAGAGGAAACGCAAAGAAAAGUGAACAUACUGUUUUUGCCACCCCUUUCUGUUUGCUUUGGUUAGCUUGUUGUGCAUAAAGUUUUCAGUGCAAUGCUUGUCAAAUAAAUAUUGUGAACUAUUUUGUAAAUGAAAUGUAUUAUGUUGAAAGCUGUCAGCAGUUCAAAAAUAAGCUUUUCUGUUGUUUGAUGACACAGUGUGUUAGAUGAAAGCAAAAAGCCAAAAAAGGUAAUUUCAUAUAUAGCACCUAUUUGAAUAUAAUCUUUCUUUAUGAUCUCUCAUAGCAUAGCCUUUUCAGUGCUAAGGAAAAAAUCUCUGUAAUAUUUUGUUGUGAUAACGGCUUGCUAACGAAGUACAUGGUCAAAGUACAGAGUUGGAAGAUGUCAGGUAACUUGGCGAGACUUGCUGCAAAUCCUUGCAGAGUGGAGGGGCUCUGCCCGCCGGCUGUCUCCGACCUCUCUACAACCAUUGUCUGCUCUGAGAUGUCCUACUGCAGCCAGCUGCACUUGGGGUCACUCUUCUGGGAUAUUUUCACUUCAGACUGUGUCACAGGCAGAAAAGGAGUUGAUGGAGGAUGGACUCUUAAAAAACUGACAUAUUUGAAUCAGUGCUAGAGGGAACAGAUUGUGAAUUUUGUUUACAGCAUCCAAUAUUUGGAUUUUUUUUUUUUUUGUAAAUAAAAAGAAGUUAUUUUUUUCUAUUG